AUUAGUGAUAGGUUACAAAGUCAAUUUGCUUUUUAAAGCUGGAUGAAAUCAAAGAGUAAAAAAAUGUCAGAUUUAACUUCUUCUUCAUUUUGUACCAUUGAUAUAAAAGAAGAGACAGAACAGGAAGAAAAGUUAAACCAGGAAAUUUAUCAUGAUGAACUUGUUCAGGUGAAAGUAGAAACAGAGAUGCUUGUUCAAGAUGGAGAUGAAGUUGAUACUACUAAUAUAAAAGAAGAAGUGGAACAGCAGAUUUAUCGUGGUGAGAAAAAUAAUUUAUUUUUAUUUAUGCCUACUCUAUUAAGCCAAGAGGAGGGGAUCACUAAAUUUAAUUUAUUGAUUAAUUUAAUUUAUGUUGUUCAAAAUAUUGUUUAUUUAUCUGCAGAUGGGCUUGUUUUUGUGAAACAAGAAAGGGAGAUGCUUGUCCAAGAUGAAGAUGAAGUUCCCAAAAUUGAUAUCAAAGAAGAAGAGGAGGGACCUCAGAUAGAUAAUGGUGCGAAUGGCAGUGGUCAUAAAGAUGAGAAAUCUCAUUAUUGUUCUCACUGUGAUUAUAAAACUGGUAGACCUGACCAUUUGAAAAGACAUAUUAUGGCCCAGCACACAAAUAAGAAACCUUAUCAUUGUCCUUAUUGUGACUAUAAAUCUGCAAUGUCUCACCAUUUGAAAGUACAUGUUAUGGGCCGUCAUACAGGUGAGAAGCCUUAUCAUUGUUCUCAGUGUGAUUUUAAAUUUGUUACGCCUAAUGAUUUGAAAAGACAUAUAAUGGCCCGUCACACUGGUGAGAAACCCCAUCGAUGUCCUCAUUGUGACUUUAAAAGUACUCAAUCAGGUCAUUUGAAAACACAUGUAAUGGCCCAUCACAUACGUGAGAAAUCUCAGCAUUGUUCGCAGUGUGACUUUAAAUCCGUUACAUCUCAGAAAUUGAAAAUACAUGUUAUGCUCCGUCACACAAAUAAGAAGCCUUAUGACUGUUCUCUGUGUGAACAUAAAUUGGUUACAUUUCAAUGUUUGAGAAAACAUAUAAUGAUCUGUCACACAGGUGAAAAGGUUAAUCAUUGUCCUCAUUGCGACUUUAAAUCUACACAUAGUUUGAAAAGACAUAUAAUGGCCCGUCACACUGGUGAGAAACCCCAUCAAUGUCCUCAUUGUGACUUUAAAAGUACUCAAUCAGCUCUUUUGAAAACACAUGUAAUGGCCCAUCACAUAAGUGAGAAACAUCAGCAUUGUUCCCAGAUGAGGAUUCAUCAUUGUUCUCAGUGUGAUUAUAAAUCUGUUAAUCCUCAUAAUUUGAAAAGGCAUAUAAUGGCUCGUCACACGGGCGAGAAACCUCAUCAAUGUCCUCAUUGUGACUUUAAAUCUGUUACGUCUCCAAAGUUGAAAAUACAUAUUAUGGUUCAUCACACAGGUGAGAAACCUUAUCAUUGUUCUCAGUGUGAUUAUAAAUCUGUUACACAUUUUGGUUUGAAAAGACAUACAAUGGCCUGUCACACUGGUGAGAAACCCUAUCAAUGUCCUCAUUGUGACUUUAAAUCUGUUACGUCUCAGAAGUUGAAAAUACAUAUUAUGGCUCAUCACACAGGUGAGAAACCUUAUCAUUGUUCUCAGUGUGAUUAUAAAUCUGUUACACAUAGUGAUUUGAAAAGACAUACAAUGGCCUGUCACACUGGGGAGAAACCCCAUCAAUGUCCUCGAUGUGACUUUAAAUCUGUUACGUCUCAGAAGUUGAAAAUACAUAUUAUGGUUCAUCACAAAGGUGAGAAACCUUAUCAUUGUUCUCACUGUGAUUAUAAAUCUGUUACACAUAGCGAUUUGAAAAGACAUACAGUAGCCCGCCACACUGGUGAGAAACUCCACCAUUGACUUCCCAUCACAAAGGUGAGAAAUAUUAUCCCUCUUGUUUCUAACCUUGCUUCUUCCUCAUCUACCCCAGAUAUCCCUGCAAGGUGUCAGAAAAGAAGACGGCCUCUUGAUAUUCUGAGAAAAUUGAAAUAACAAAAAUACAGGGAAUUGGGAAACCCUCAAAAACCAUAACAUCCUCCAUCUGUUAUUGACACAGAGUUCAAUGAAAUUAUGUUAUUGGUAGGAUGUAUGCUUGUCAUGACCUACAAUAAGGUACCAAAUUUAUCAGAUUACUGGUCAAAUAAUCCUUCACUUGGGAACGAGACCAUCAAGAAACAUAUUUCAGCUUCUCAUCUCAAAGUUCAAUGAACCAGUGCAGCCAGCCAAUGCUUCCAAGGGAUAUUAUAUUGAAGAAGUUGUAGCAUGCCUCAAACGUACAUUUCUUAGAGCUCAGGAGGAGUCACCGUUUCAAAGUAUUGAUGAGUCCAUGACCAAGUUCAAGGGGAGAUCUGUCCUCGAGCAGUUCAUACCUCUCAAACCUUUCAAAAGGGGCAAGAAUCCCAAUGUAACCGUAACUUUUGAUCAUUUCUUUUCCAGCAUUAGUCUUUUGCAAACCUUGCAACAACCUGCUGUAGGUACACUGAUUUCCAACCAUAAGAAUGUACCUAAAUUAUUAAAUAAAUAAAUAAAGGAGAAAGUCAACUGAAGGCUUCACCAGACGUGGUUUUAGUAAGCAGAUGGCAGGAUAGCAAAGAUUUUAUGGUUGCAAGCAACUGUCACAGUGCUACCUCAACGACUGUUAGCAGAAAACUGAAGGACGGGACACAUUUGGAGGUUCCUUGCCUAACUCAGGUCAAGUUUAAUAACCGCUACAUGGGUGGUGUUGAUCUUUCAGAUCAAAAGAUCACUUGUUAUAAUUUUGGCAGAAAAAAGUCUUCUAUCGCCUUCUGAUGGUUGCUGUUGUCAAUGCAUGGAUCAUCCGUUUGGAUUUACAUAAGAAAAAGACAAAAUUAUUACAGUUCUUGGUUCCACUUGCUGAAUCACGGAAAAAAACAUUGCACUGUCAAACAUCGGUCUAAUCGAGGGAGGCCUUCAAAACGAGUACGACUAUCACAUAAUGUUGACGGACAUCUUCCACUAGAAGGACAGAGGCGACGAUUAUGUGCGCGUUGCUCAAAAAAUGACAUUGAUAAAAGAACAAAGUUAAAAUGCACACAAUGCAACAUUCCUUUAUGCUCACAAUGUUUUGCACCUUAUUGUACUUCAUAAAUACUUUUGUGAAACUUGAUUUUUUUUUUUUCAAUUAGAAUGUAGUUUUCUAUUUGUUUGUUCAUAAAUGUUGUUGAUAUUUAAUAAAAUUAUAUUCUCUUACAAUUCAUCUUUCUUUUUUUUUUGAGAGAGAGAGAGAGAGAGAGAAAGAUACUAGUCGGACAAAAGUUACUGUCUAGAAAAUACCAAUGGGACAUAUAUGUCCCACCUGUUUUGCCCAUCCCUCCCCCCCCAAUCAAAAUAUUGUUUCCCUUCGUUUUUAAACUUAGAAGAAGGUAUCUAAACAGAAGGUGCCCGCAGAAGAAGAGGACAAGCGCCAGGAAGACCUCCAUAUUC